AUGCAACUAUGCAAGUCAUCCAUCCUCACUGUUCCUCUUAGUAACACUGAUCAACCAGAUCGACAGAUUUGGAGAGGAACGGUAAAUGGAGAGUUCUCGGUCAGAAGUGCGUAUCAUUUGUGGAAAGAAAAUAUUUGCCAGUCAAGUGCGGAAGGAUCGAAGAAGAACGAAGACAGCAAAAUAUGGCGUAAAGUGUGGAAGUUGGGUAUCCCGAAUGCAUGGAAACUGUGUUUUUGGCGGGCAUGCCAUGAUCUGCUUCCUACUCGGGCAAAUCUGGUGAGUCGAAGGGUGACAGAGGAUCCAAGGUGCCCCAUAUGCGGUCUGGAGGAGGAGACUACACUCCAUAUUCUGUGGAGCUGCGAAUCUGCCAAGGACGUGUGGAGUACAAUGGGACGCCAAUUCCAGAAGAGUUGGUGCAGAGGACCUACUUUCUUGGCAGUGGUUGAAGGCUUGCUAGGAAAAUGUGAUGAUGAAGACUUACAGUUGCUAGUGGGAGUUACUCGUAAUAUCUGGAGAAGAAGAAAUGAAUGGAUUCAUGAGGGUAAGUUCAUCUCCCCAAAUGAUAUUGUGGAAGUAACGAACAGGGGAGUGGAGGAGUAUAUGAAGGCGAACAUGCACAACCAUAGCCAAAGGGGUGAUGAUGAAAGCCCAACUCGAUGGAAGGCUCCUGAAAAUGGCUGGGUCAAAGUGAACUGGGACAUUGCGUUGGACAAAGCCAAUGGCCGGAUUGGAGUAGGAGUGAUUGUGCGGAACGAGGCGGGGAGAGUAAUCGCAGCAAAGGGUUCCACAAGACUGGGCUUACUAGACGCCACUGCUGCUGAAGCCUUGGGUGCUUUUAUGGCUGUGUGUUUAUGUAAAGACUUAAGGCUUACCCAAAUUUAUUUGGAGGGAGAUGCCAAAACAGUGGUUGAUGCGGUAACAGCGGGGGAACGGUCUUCUCGAAACUUUGGCCAAUUGAUUGAUGAUAUUCGAGAAAUGUUGGCCCUCUUUCCGAAUUGGCGUAUUGGUCACAUAAGACGUGGUGGUAAUAAUGCAGCUCAUGUAUUAGCCAAAGAGGCUAUGAAGCGAGUCAUUGAUAAGCUUUGGAUUGAUGAAAUCCCAAUGUGUAUCUCUGAUAUUAUUGUGGAAGAGCAAAUUGCUCUCUCCAAUUGA